AUGGACUGCCUUGUUGCAGCAAACACCAGAUUUUGCUGUGAUCUCUUCCGAGAGAUAAGCAAAGUUGAUCGUCAUAAAAACAUGUUUUUCUGUCCUCUGAGCAUCUCGGCUGCCUUCGGCAUGGUCCGUCUGGGGGCUAGAAGUGACAGUGCACGUCAGAUCGACGAGGUGCUACACUUCAGUGAAUUUUCCCAGAGUGAAAGCAAAGAACCCAGUCCCUGUCUCAAAAGCGACCAACGAAAAGUUGUGGCUGACAGCCGUCUGGAAGAGCAGGAAAAGACCACAGGUUCUCUGGAUUUGCAGGACAACUCUUCAAAUGACGGGAGUGAUGCACUCAGCUGCUACUUCGGGAAGCUCCUCUCCAAGCUGGGCAGAAUCAGAGCUGACUGCAUGCUAAGCAUUGCCAACAGACUUUACGGAGACCAGGAAUUCCCCAUCAGUCCGGUAUAUAUAGAUGGUGUGAUUCAAUUCUACCACACAACGAUUGAAAGUGUUGACUUCCGGAAAGACAGUGAAAAGUCCAGACAAGAGAUUAACUUCUGGGUUGAAUCUCAAUCCCAAGGUAAAAUCAAGGAACUUUUUGGCAAGGAUUCUAUUGACAACACGACUGUGCUGGUGCUGGUGAACACUGUUUGCUUCAAGUCCAAGUGGGAAAAGUACUUUGACUGUGAAAACACAGUUGACGCACCCUUCACUAUAAAUGAGAAUGAAAAGAAGACUGUGAAGAUGAUGAACCAAACGGGUUUAUUUAGAAUUGGCUUCAUAGAGGAAGUAAAGGCACAGAUCCUUGAAAUGAGAUAUAAAAAGGGGAAGCUCAGCAUGUUUGUCUUGCUGCCAUCUAGCUCUUCAGAUAACCUGAAGGGCCUGGAAGAGCUUGAAAGGAAAAUCACUUAUGAAAAAAUAUUGGCCUGGACCAGCCCAGAAAAUAUGUCUGAAGAAAUGGUAGCUGUCUCCUUCCCCCAGUUCACGCUGGAAGACAGCUACGAUCUCAGUUCUCUUCUACAGGGCAUGGGCGUUACGGAUAUCUUUGAUGAAACAAAGGCCGAUCUUACAGGAAUCUCUCUAAGUCCUAAUCUGUACCUAUCAAAAGUCAUCCACAGGACGUAUGUGGAGGUGGAUGAAGAUGGCACACAGGCAGCUGCAGCCAGUGGGGCUGUUGUCGCGGAUAUGUCAGAGCCAUCCUAUGUGACAUUUAAUGCUAAUCACCCUUUUGCUUUUUUCAUCAAACACAACAAAACCCAAACCAUUCUCUUCCAUGGCAGAGUCUGCUCUCCCUGA